AUUUACACAUGUCUCGUUUAAUCAGCAAAUUAGUAUAAAUAAAUAGUAUUUAGUUUUCUGAUUCUUCUACUUCAGAAAAAGAUCUACCUUAAGGCUUUGCUGAGUAGAUUUUGUAACAUGAUAUAAAUUUUGUAUUGAGCAAUUUUACUAAUCUAGAUGCUUUGAAUCACUUAGUGUAAUUAUAUAUGGUAAACAUAUUUUGAAUGCUUAAUAGAAAGGAGUUGAGUAUUAUGAAUCAUUACAAGAUAGAAAAUAAGAAUAUUUUAAAUAUAAAUUACAUUGGUUGAUGAGUCAUCCCAAUUUAUUAUAAGAAAAAUAAAAAAAAGUAGAAAUGCAUUAUCCAUCUAUUCAAGAGAAAUUACUGUAAAAAAUAGAACCAGAUGAGAAAAACUAAGUUCAAUAACUAAUUACAAAUAUUCAAUAGGAUAAAUAAAAUCAUUUGAAGUUAUAAAAAGUAUAUUGUGAUAAUUCUAAUUCAGCUCAUAUAUAAUGAAAUAAAUGAUUAAUAAUAAAGAAUCAACAGUAGAUUAAGAUAGAGAUCUACUUCAAAAAAUGAAAGAGAUAUUAAAUAACAACCAUAAAUCUAUCAUAAUCAAAUUUAUAAUAAUUAAUUACAAAGUCUCUAAUAAUAAUAUAUCAAAGAAGCCAGACCUGAAGAAGAACAAUCCUAUGUUUAUUCGAAGCAUAUAUCACCACAUAAAUGAAG